AGUUUAACUUAUAGCGUUUUUCACUGGCUGCACUAGUGCGCACUCAGUGCGCACCAGCCGCGGACAAUGUGUUUCACUGGACGUUUCGGUGCGCACGAAGACGGUGCGCGCUGUUUCACUGGGAAGUCUAGUGCCGAGUUUUUGCACUAUAGUGCGAGAAUUCGGCACGAGCUCCGAGAGACGGUGUCAGUUCAGUGCAAUAUGGCUUCGCGGGAUAAUGACGAUGUUUCAAAUUCACGAGAUGCACGAUUAGCAUUUGGACUAUUACAGUUGCUUUCUUCGUCAUCAUCCAGUAGUGAUGAAGAUGACUUAUUAAAAGAAGAUCCGCGAAAAAUUCCAAAGAUCGAAAAUUUUGUUCAAGUAGUGCAUAACCUUGCGGAUAAGGAUUUCAAAAGUCAUUUUCGCGUUGCAAGAACAACAGCUUAUAAAAUAAUAGAAGAAGAGUAAUAUUUAUUAUAUCAUUGUUGACUUUAAAAGAAAUAGUCAAAUCGGUCAAACUUUCCAUGGUUAUACAGUAGCACAAUACGCCCAAAUACGCCACAAAACUGCACUGAGAUGGCACUGAGAAUAACAGACGUGUUUAGUUGGGAAUGCAAAAAACUCGCACUUUCAGUGCACUCCGACAGUGUCGCCUGAACUCGACGAGUUUCUAGUGCGCACUUAGUUCUUGCCAGUGAAAAACGCUAUUAACCUCUUCACGGAAUGAGUGUGCUCUUUCUCGAGAGCACCUCUUCCACACUAUCUACACUCGGAGUGAUACUCCAAAUUGACCGGGGAAGGCGAAGGAGUAAGGGGGAGAUUAUCGUCGUUCGCCAGGUGCAGUGGCAGAGGUGCUAAAACGAACGAACCUCCUGGCACUAAAUUCUCGUGCAGACCGGCCGCUCUCGUGCACGCGAGGUCGAAGGCAGAGCGUAGAGUGCGACACCGUGUCGCGCGGCGUGUGUCGCGUGUUGCCACAUCACCACUGUGCCCAAGCAAAUUUCGAAGCGUGUCCACCGCGGUGUGUAGAUCGCGCUCGCGCCGAACAGCAGCCAGCAGCCACCUCGCAGACGAGCAGCCCGUCGUGUGCGAUAUACGUGUAUAAGGAAGCGCGAGAGAGCCCGUGGGCCGUCGUCGCCUGUCUCUGCCCAGCGAGUCGCCAGCCAAUAUGACAACUCGUCACUCCUGAGCCCGUCCACAGCCCGCGAGAGUGAUUCUCCUAUUCUUUUUUUUCCCCCCGCGACACGCUACGAGCGAUAAAUCGCGGAGUCACGAGCGCAGCUGCUACCGUACCGACCUCGAUACCCGAGAGCGCACGUGCGGAUCGCUGGAACGGGAUCGCACCGACGUUGAUCGCACACCGAUCUUCUCGUUCGUCGAGGGUCAUCACGCGACACCAUGAGCGCACCUCAGGCACCGGUGAAAUUGCGGAACGGGGUGGUGAAGCAGGUGACCUCGGGAGACACCGUUGUCAUCCGUGGACAACCUAUGGGUGGUCCUCCGCCUGAAGUGACGAUCACUCUGUGCAACAUUACUGCUCCAAAAUUGGAACGUUGGAAAGGAAAUGACAGCACGGAUGAGACCAAAGAUGAGCCGUACGCCUGGGAAGCGAGGGAGUUUCUGCGCCGAAAGUUGAUUGGUCAAGAUGUUACCUUCGCCACUGAGAAAUCGCUCAAUACACCUAGAACAUAUGGAACUGUCUGGCUAGGAAAAGACAGGAAUGGCGAGAAUGUGAUCGAAACUUUGGUGUCCGAGGGUCUGGUGACCGUCAAAAAGGACAAUCGUAAUCCCACGGCUGAGCAGCAACGAUUGGUGGAACUGGAAAAUAUCGCGAAAGUCGCGAAGAAGGGAAAGUGGUCGGACUCGCCGACCGCCGAGCACAUACGAGAUAUCAAAUGGACCGUCGAUGAUCCACGGAAAUUGGUCGAGAAAUUUGGCAAGAAACCGAUCAAGGCGGUAAUCGAGUUCGUUUUCGACGGCUCCACUGUGAAGGCUUUUCUCCUGCCCGAUUUCUAUAACAUAACGUUGAUGAUUUCGGGCGUCCGCUGUCCUGGCUGGCCCAACGGACGUCGCGAGAAUUCUGUCGGCGAUCCUUACGCGGACGAAGCUAGAUACUUUGUGGAGUCGCGGCUUUUACAUAGGGACGUAGAGAUAGUACUCGAGUCGGUCAACAAUAAUAACUUUAUUGGCAGCAUUAUUCAUCCUAAGGGAAACAUCGCGGAAAUUCUUCUGAGCGAGGGUUUCGCAAAAUGCCAGGACUGGUCGAUCAGUAACAGUAGAUCCGGCGCGGAAAAGUUGUAUCUCGCCGAGAAGGCCGCGAAGGAGGCACGUUUGCGCCUAUGGAAAGACUACAAACCGUCUGGACCUCAGAUCGAGUUUACCGGCACCGUUGUAGAGAUCGUUAACGCGGACGCUCUCAUUGUCCGAACACAAAACGGGGAAAACAAGAAAGUAUUUCUGAGCAGUAUUCGACCGCCCACUCGUGAGAAGAGGAACACCGAAGACGGCAACAAUACUGCUCGGCCGAAAGAUUACAGACCUUUGUACGACGUACCGUGGAUGUUGGAGGCGCGAGAAUUUUUGCGGGAGAAAUUCAUUAGGAAAAAUGUGAAGGUGGUUGUCGAUUAUACACAGCCGGCCAGGGAUAAUUUUCCGGAGAAGCUAUGCUGCACCGUAACCUGUGGCAAAACGAACAUCGCAGAGGCAUUGGUCGCUCGAGGUCUCGCGCGAGUGGUCAAGUAUAGACAGAACGACGAUCAGCGUUCCUCUCAUUACAAUCUCUUGCAAGUGGCUGAAAGCAAGGCGGAAAAAUCGCAACACGGACUGCACGCGAAGAAAGACAUUCCAGUUCACAGAAUAGUGGAUCUCUCGAACGAUCCCUCGAAGGCGAAAGCGUUUUUGACAUCGCUUAAACGAGCGCAGGGAAUCAGAGCGGUGGUUGAGUUCGUGACGAGUGGGUCGCGAUUGAAGCUCUAUCUUCCCAAAGAGGAUUACGUUAUCACGUUCGUGCUGGCUGGAAUAAGAACUCCGCGUUGUCAAAGAACAUUACCUGGUGGUGGGGUGGUGAAAGCAGAUGAAUGUGGCGAGAAAGCUCUCGCCUUCACCAAGGAACAUUGUUUCCAACGAGACGUGGAGAUUAAGAUCGAGAACACGGAGACCAAAUUGAGUGGUUUCAUUGGCUGGUUAACGGUGAACGACGUUAAUAUGUCUGUCGCUCUUGUUGAGGAAGGUCUGGCAGAGGUUGUGAAUUUCCCAGAUUCAGGAGAACUCACGAGAAUUCUUAAAGCCGCAGAAGAACGUGCAAAAACAAAAAAAUUGAAUAUCUGGAAGAAUCGCGUGGAAGCGCCAGUGGAGAACGAUAAGAUAGUGGACGAAAAGGAAGGGCAGGAGCGAAAGAUCGAUUAUCAAAAGGUUGUGAUCUCCGAGGUUACCGACGAUCUACAUUUCUACGCUCAGUUCGUCGAUCAGGGUACCCUGUUGGAGAGUAUGCUUUUACAAUUACGCCAGGAGUUGGCUGCUAAUCCACCGCUUCCCGGUGCCUAUAAGCCAACCAGGGGUGAUCUAGCGGUUGCGAAAUUCAGCGGGGACGAUCAAUGGUAUCGCGUGAAAACGGAGAAGGUCUCCGGUACCAAUGUCAGUGUGUUCUACAUCGAUUACGGCAACAGAGAAACCCUUAAUGUUACGCGAGUUGCCGAUUUGCCUGCGCGCUUUGCAACCGACAAGCCGUACGCUCACGAGUAUGCACUGGCUUGUGUGACUCUUCCAAGUGAUACGGAUGACAAGAGAGCGGCAGUGGACGCAUUUAAAGAAGACGUAUUGGAUAAAAUUCUGCUCUUGAAUGUCGAAUACAAGUUAGGCAACAACGUAACUGCUGUGACGCUGAUGCAUCCCAGUACAAACGAAGAUAUCGGAAAAGGUCUUAUUUCCGACGGAUUCUUGCACGUUCAAAAGCAUCGAGAUAGGAGACUUACUAAAUUGAUCGAGGAAUAUAAGAAAGCUGAGGAGGACGCGAAACACAAUCAUCGCAAUAUCUGGAUGUAUGGGGAUGUAAGACCAGAAGACGAUGAUAAGGAGUUGUAAUACAUAUAAAUGCUCAACAAUGUGGGAUAAGCAUUAUCAAUAAUAUGGGAAAAGAAAAGACAGAUCGUGUUAUUAAAAAAAAACUGACAUAAUAAGCAGCAGAAUAUACGAUUCUAUGUAUGCUAUACAUAGAUAAAAGUAACAAUGGCGAAUGUCGAUAUGAGAGCUACAUGUCGCGUUAGUCUCAACGCAAUAUAUCUCAGUAUAUAAAAAGACAAUUGUACAUAACGAUUUUAAUAAUUUCUGUAAUACAAUGAACAAAGUGCGCAUGCAGAUAGUCUUUGAGCGAAACUAUGCAGCCAUUUGGUAUAUUACAUGUAUUCUCAUCGACAUGAACAUUCGUUAUUAUAAACUUGGUGCCACAGAUAUAAAUUGUUUGAGGACCUGAUAUUUUCAAUACGGUAUGAAAUCUUCAAUGUGCAAUUCAACACAUUAGAUACACAUUCAAUCAUGUUAUAUACAUUGCUUCUCCCAUGAAUAAACAGUAAUCAUGUUUAACUUUAUGUACGCUACUCUUUUCAAGUUUUUAUAUGCAAGAACGAUCAUGUAGCUAUAGAAUUUGUAAUCGCAGAUCUAAUCUGGGGCACUGAUAGUUAAAAGCUGAGAUAAUGAAGAUUCAUAUCAAUAGAAUAUCAGAGUAUUUUUAAUUAAAACGACACAUCAGCUCGACUUGAAUACAUUUUUUAAUUUUUCAAAGUAACAUGUAUAUGCGUGCACGCGUGUACGAAUUCAGCAUAAUACAAAAUGGGAGAUAUAUAGUAAUAAUGUGAAGGAAGAUUCUGUAAAAUUAUACUGUCUUUCUUGCUACAUCUCUUUCCGGAUGAAUUUCACAUUAUUCAUGUAAGUUGUAUGCAUAAACGAGUUUGAUAUUAAUGUACUUACAAGAAAUUAUUUAUGCACAGUUGUUCUACAAAUCAGUCCUACAAAUUGCAGUACAACAAAUAUAAAAACAAAAAUUUAAAUGUUCAAAAUAUAUUUACGAUAAACAACUGUUAUCUACUGUGUGUUCGGGAGAAGUAACUCGCAAUUUUCUCUGUGGUACAAACAAUAUAUGUACGUAAAUUCUAUGCAUCACAGAGCAGUUGCAUGUUUAUUUUACCAGAAUUACUAUACACAUAUAUUACAUUAUAGUAUAUCUUUAAUUUAUAUCACCUUCAACUACUGGAAAUGAUUUUCUAACUUUUUUUUAGACAUUUUAUAAUGAUAAAGUUUUAUUUGUGAUAUUUUGUUCACGUUGUCACGUUAUCGACUAUUGUAAAUAAAAUCCUAUUGGAUAUUUGAUAUACCGUACACACUGUAGGCGCAAAAAGGAAAAGAAAGACUUGUUUAAAUUAUGUUAAGAGUAUUACGCGAUUCUGUUCCGAAGAUCCAUAGGAUCUACAGGAAUUUCUGUUACAUCGACACUUGACUCCUUUACAUUACUGUUAUACGUAGUGAUAAUACUUUAUAUUUCGAAUAUUUUUCUCUUUUUCUGCAAUAAAAUAGAAUAUAUUGAACAAACAGAGAGUAUCGUAACUACGUUGUAGAAAUGUCUGAAGCAAUGAUCAAGUUUAAAUAAAUGCAAAAGGAAUGUUUUCAAUGUGUUAAAUAGACUUAAUAUUCGUCAUACUUUGUAUCACCGUUCUCGUAUUGUAGCAAAGAUAUGAUCUGAAAAUUGAAUGCACAUUUCUUGUGAAUCUUCACAUUAACAUCUCCCUAAAUUGCGACAUUGCAAUAUUUCAUUGUUAAUACGUAAUGUAUAGUUUUCGAUUUUUUGAGGUGAGGAGAGAAUGUUUAUUAUAUCGAGGUGUAUUUCAAUAAAUUUAAUAUUUUGUUAUAAAGUAAAAAAUUGCUUUAAUAUAAAAAAUUUCAAUAUAUUAUUAACUUGAAUUAUCGUUGUUAGACUAUAUCUUUUAAUUAUCUAUAUGUACUACAUGUUUAAUCACAUUUGCGUCCCAAGAACAUGAAUAUAAAUCAUCUUUACACCAUGCGAGUCCUCGUACAAAAUCGUUAUGACUGCUAUCUUCAUACACCUGCAGCAUUUCUCUAUAGCUAUCAAAUAUUUUUACUGUUUCGUUAUCACAACAGCAUGCUAAUUGGUCUUUCCUGGAAAAUAGAUAAAUUAUCCUAAAUUUAUUAUCAUUAUUACAACACAUACUGUAUAAGAAACAUUUUGUAUAAAUUAUUGUACAGUCAAGUAAAUUGAUAUUUCUG